GUUUCGUUAAACAUCAGAUUCUACUACUUACUUUCAUACAAGAAAUCUUGAAACUAGCAAAGGAAGAAGCUCAAAUAAAGGAAUCUGCAGGCUGUAGCACAACACCAUCAGGAUAUUUUACAACUGUCGAAAAUGAUUCCAAACAAAGAAUGGAUGAGCAUACGGAACAGGAGAGAACCGGGAUUCGUGGACGGCGUAAAUAACUUCAUUGAUUACGCGUUUUCUCAUUCAGCCAACAAAGAAGCCAUUCGUUGUCCUUGUACAAAGUGCAGAAAUGCUGUAUAUAAAGGUCGUUCCGAGGUUCAAUAUCAUCUACUAAAAAAUGGGAUUUUGGAGAAUUAUUCAACUUGGAACUUCCAUGGAGAAGGUGCGGGUAAUACUCAGGACUCGACAAGUACCCAAGAACUGAAUGAAGACCAUAUGCUUGAAGAUACUCUUGAUGAUAUGGAUGGAUUGUUAAAUGACAUUUAUGGCAGGAGAGGUGAAGAAGAAGAUUUUGGUAUGGACACAGAGGAGGUUGCAGAAGAACCUAAUCAAGAUGCUGCUGCCUUCUAUCGCUUGCUCCAAGAGGCUAAGGAAAAAUUGUAUCCGAACUGUGAGUACACUAAACUAUCG